AUGUCAAACCAACCGCCCCGUCAUGAGAUGGUCUACCUCCCGGGCGUGAUUUCGCCGAAUCGCUCCUUCGGCGUGUUCCGUCGCGUGUUGCACACGGGCCUGUACUCGCAGUUCGUGGCGAUGGAAGUGCCGGUCAACGGCGAGAUUGGAGACGAGAUGCAUACGGUCGAUCAAGUCCUUUUCUUCACGCACGGCAACGGACGCGCUAUCGUGUCGGGUAAAGAGCAAGACGUCAAGCAGGGUGAUGUCGUCAUUGUCCCGGCGGGCACGCAACACCAGUUUCUGAAUAUUGGAGAGGUUCCACUGGAGGUGAUUACGGUGUACUCGCCUGCAGAGCAUGCGGUUGAUACGGUGCAUAAGACGAAGGAGGAUGGCGAUGCGGAAGAGGAGGCUGGUGAGGAUGAGGCGCCGGCUUGGAGUCGGAGACCGAAGGGGCUGAAUGAGGGACUGGGCUUUGUCCAAGUACCGAAGUGA